UGUCUCUCGGUUACAGUUAAAUUUUUCAGCUCUGCAGUUCGAUCUUAACUCAGGCAAUACUGCGGAGCCAUGGGUCAGGGAUCACCCGGCGGUCUCAAUCGGCAGCUUCCCGGAGACCGGAAGAACGACGGUGAAAAGAAAGGGAAGAAGUUCGAGCCGGCCGCGCCACCGGCUCGCGUCGGCCGGAAGCAGCGCAAGCAGAAGGGGCCGGAGGCUGCGGCUAGGAUACCAGCUGUUACGCCGCUGACGAAGUGCAAGCUGCGUCUCUUGAAAUUGGAGCGGAUCAAGGACUACUUGCUUAUGGAGGAGGAGUUUGUGGCUAAUCAGGAGAGAUUGAAGCCGCAGGAAGAGAAGACGGAGGAGGAUCGGUCGAAAGUGGAUGAUUUGCGAGGCUCUCCUAUGAGCGUGGGUAAUUUGGAGGAAUUGAUUGAUGAGAAUCAUGCCAUUGUUUCGUCCUCGGUUGGGCCGGAGUAUUACGUCGGGAUCUUAUCGUUUGUUGAUAAAGAUCAGCUCGAGCCUGGAUGCGCCAUUCUUAUGCACAAUAAGGUGCUUUCGGUUGUCGGACUACUUCAAGAUGAAGUUGAUCCGAUGGUGUCCGUAAUGAAAGUUGAGAAAGCGCCGUUAGAGUCGUAUGCCGAUAUCGGUGGUUUGGAUGCCCAAAUCCAGGAAAUCAAAGAGGCCGUCGAGCUUCCAUUAACGCACCCUGAAUUGUACGAAGACAUCGGCAUUAAACCUCCGAAGGGUGUCAUACUCUACGGCGAGCCAGGCACUGGAAAAACAUUGCUUGCAAAGGCUGUGGCGAAUUCUACAUCUGCGACGUUCUUGCGAGUUGUUGGGAGUGAGUUAAUUCAGAAAUAUCUCGGCGACGGUCCGAAAUUGGUGAGGGAGCUUUUUAGAGUUGCUGAUGACCUCUCGCCAUCUAUUGUCUUUAUUGACGAAAUCGAUGCAGUCGGUACGAAAAGAUACGAUGCGCACUCGGGCGGGGAGCGCGAAAUUCAGCGGACUAUGUUGGAAUUGUUGAACCAAUUAGAUGGUUUUGAUUCGAGAGGAGAUGUAAAAGUUAUUCUCGCGACAAAUAAAAUCGAAAGCCUCGACCCUGCCCUUCUCCGGCCUGGUAGAAUAGAUCGGAAAAUUGAAUUUCCUCUCCCAGAUAUCAAGACGAGGAGGCGUAUUUUCCAGAUACACACGUCGAGGAUGACAUUGGCUGACGACGUCAAUCUCGAAGAAUUCGUUAUGACGAAGGAUGAAUUCUCCGGAGCUGAUAUCAAGGCUAUAUGUACCGAAGCCGGUUUGCUUGCUUUAAGGGAACGCCGUAUGAAGGUGACUCACGCCGACUUCAAGAAGGCGAAGGACAAAGUGAUGUUCAAGAAAAAGGAAGGGGUUCCCGAAGGGCUUUAUAUGUGAUC